AUACAGGGUGGUGGUAGUCUCGAUCGCGACUGCCGCUGGGAAUCGCUCGUAUAGCCGACGCGAACUCGGCCGUGCACUCAACUAUAUAAUACCCUAUCGCAGCCAUCGACUGUUUUUCGUUCAAAUUUUCAAACGCCCAUAUACAGUCCUGCGUAAACGCUGCGCGAGGCUAGUCGAGCGAAGAUAGGGUUAAUCUUUUCGCUUACCACGAUACAUCCUAUCGUAUCGUAUAUUAGUGCCCGUGGACGAUAAAAAAACGCCGUUACAAUCCCUAUCGACAUUUAUAUCAUCGUAUAUUUCGUCGUGCCGUGCACCUGUGCUGGUGAUCGACGAACUACGGCUGCAGCAGCGCGAGCGACGACGUCCGUAUCGCGCAUGCCGUGCGCCCAGCAGCAGCAGUGACAGGGAAAAUUGUGGACUCGUGAGUGGCUGUUGUGGUGUCGCGCGACAAAACGACUAGCAUAAUAUUAUACUGCUCUGCUGCAGCUCCUAUUACACGGGCGGCCGCCUACACACACACACAGACACUUUGGAAAUUAGAAAUUUUUCUCAAUAGCGGUCCAGAGUUCUGAGUGGCACACUCGAACGGCAGAUGAAGGUACACGCUUUCUCAGGCACUUUCCAAUUACUUUUAAUUUCCUUCCUCGUCAUGUGUGCGAUGCAGCGACCUAACCUAUGACUCAGUGCUCCGAUCGCACUAUCGUGAUACUUAUGUGACACACACCAGAUCAUGUCACAAGAAGAAGCUGUUGAUUCUAUGGAUACAGAAGACUCAGAUGAGGAGGAAAUUUUUGAUGGAAGACAUUUACGCAAAAGUUUAAGAUCUUCUUUGAGGUCACAAAAUCAUUCUGCUCAAGAGAGUCAUUCAAAUAAUUUAAAUAUUAGGCGAAGUACUAGGAAAAAAUUACAAACUUAUGAAAAUCUUAAUUCAAGUUGGAUUUUUGGAACUCAAACUUUAAAAGGCUACCCAAUGUAUAAAAAACAAUCUUCAUCUUCUGAAAAGGAGAUGGCCGAUGAAGAUUCUUCUCAUGCACCUCGGAUGAAGCGAAGGUCUUCCUUAAGAUCCCAUGAAAAUCUUUCUCCCAAAGGGUCUUCAAGACAUUUAAGCAAUAAUCACAGCCUUAACUCCAGUCGAGAACUUAGAACUAGGUCAAGGUUACGGGGUCACUCUAAUCGAGACCAUUUAGAGGAUGAAGACUUUCAUAGAGAAUUAAUCGAAAGGCCUGAUCGUUGUUUACGUAAACUCUCCGAUCAUCAUGAGCAUAAUUUACCAGAAACAAUCAAUACAACAGAACGAAGUCAGAGGAGUUCCGAACCGUGUGAAAGAGAAUUAAGAAAUAAGUCCCAAUUAAAAUUAAGAAAUUCAAAUGGAGAUAAGAACGAUAAAGAGAGAGAUGGUCAAAAUAAGACUGAUACUAAAGUUAAGGUUGAAAUAAAAGACAAUAAAUCUGAUGUUAAAACUAAUGAAGAAAGAGAACUCAGGUCAGGCACAUUGAGAACAAGAGAAGGUCCAGUAACAAGGCAAAGAAAUAAUGGAAAGAGUACACCUAAAGUCGAAGAAGAUGAUGAAGAAGAUGAAGAAGAAGAUGAUCAAGAGAGUGAUAAAGCUAAAGAUGGAAACAAUGAAAAUUCAGAAAAUGAGGGAAAUGAGGGCUUUACUGAUAUGUAUUCAAGAGUUAAGCGUCCUAGAAGAACUUCAACGCGAGUGAGACAAAAAAGGCAACUUGCAGAAGACAGUGACAUGAGUGAAUCAACUGAUGAACCUGGUCCUCGCAAAUACAGUUUGCGUCAAAAAAAGCCAACCGUAGAAAAAUUCCAAAUUCGAAACGAACCUGUAAGAAGAUCUAUGAGGGAGAGACGAUUUAGAGAUAUGUAUAGUACAGCCGCGAGACGACGUAAACACCGUAGUAAAACGUCAAGUAGUAGUGACUCUAGUGAUUCCGAGGCCCAGUGUUAUAAAUCUAAAAAUAAAAAGAAUAGACAAUCAUCUAAUCCUCAAGGAGCUCCUUCGACUUCUGAUCGAAAAGCAGAUAUCAGUCCUAUAUCAGUUGACUCGGAUAUCACUUUCAAUGAUGUUGGAGGAUUAGAGUCACACGUACAUUGUUUGAAAGAAAUGGUAGUUUUUCCCAUGGUAUAUUCUAACGUUUUUGAGCGUUUUCAUGUAACACCCCCAAAGGGUGUUCUAUUCCAUGGUCCUCCAGGCACUGGUAAAACUCUGAUUGCAAGGGCAUUAGCAAAUGAAUGCAGCAAAGGUAGUCGAAAAGUAUCGUUUUUCAUGCGCAAAGGAGCAGAUUGUUUAACGAAAUGGGUUGGCGAAUCAGAACGUCAACUAAGAUUAUUAUUUGAGCAGGCUCAACAAAUGAAACCAUCCAUUAUAUUUUUCGAUGAAAUUGAUGGUUUAGCACCUGUUAGAAGUACCAAACAAGAUCAGAUCCAUGCCAGUAUCGUAUCGACACUACUUGCUCUCAUGGAUGGUCUGAAUAAUAGAGGAGAGGUUAUAGUUAUUGGUGCAACAAAUAGGAUCGAUGCUAUUGAUCCCGCUUUGAGAAGACCUGGGCGUUUUGACAGAGAAUUAUUUUUCCCUCUUCCCUCGAUGAAAGAACGAUUAGAAAUUUUGAAAAUUCACAUGAAAAAAUGGGGCAACCCACCUGAUGAUCAAUUAUUGCAAGUUUUGGCAGACAAAAGCACUGGAUACUGUGGUUCAGAUUUAAAAGCUCUUUGCACAGAAGCUGUUAUUCAAGGACUAAAAAGAACCUACCCUCAAAUUUAUCUAACAAAUAAUCGCUUGUUGUUAAAUCCUACUAAAGUCGAAGUAAAGAAAGAAGAUUUUGAAAAAGCUAGUUCGCUUUUGGUUCCUGCAUCACAUAGAGUAACUCCAGCCAUUGGCCAGAAACUCUUACCUUUUAUGGAACCAUUAUUAGAGCCAGUAUUACAGGAAUUGAUCAGCAUAGUGCAAGAAAUGUUUCCUCAAGGAAUGAAUCCAGCUCUGGCCAAAACUAAAACGACUAAAGGUAUACAUCGACCCAGACUUGUUAUUACUGGUGGUACCAAAGCUCGAAAUCAAAGUCCACAAUUAGCAAAAGCUCUUCUAUAUCAUAUGGAGCAUUUAGCAAUUCAUAAUUUGAAUGUGAGUACUCUCUUUUCAGAAAGUGCAAGAUCACCCGAAGAAACUUGUGUACAGGUUUUUAAUGAAGCAACAAGAAAUGUUCCGUCCGUUAUUUACGUAGAAGGAAUCGAUCAAUGGUGGCCUUUAGUUCCAGAAACAGUCAAAGCUGUAUUUCUAUGUCGCAUUAGCUCUCUUAGCCCAACACUGCCAAUUUUUAUAUUAACAAGUAGUGAAGUUGAUUAUGAAGAAUUACCAGAACAAAUACAACAACUAUUCAGUCAACUUAGAGGAGAAGUUUACAAUAUCCCUGGUACAACAGAAGAACAGAGGGUCAAGUUCUUCAAACCGAUUUUCACAACUAUGAGUUUGCGACCGCCGGUAAUAAAACUAAAAAAUUUAGAAGCCCUCGAAGAACUUCCAUUGGCUCCUGAUCCAGAGCCGAAAAAGCUUUCACCAAAAGAACUAAAGAUUUUGCACGAACAGCAAGAAGUAUCUUUGCGACAAUUGAGAAUAUUCUUGAGAGAAAUCUGUGCCAAACUCGCUAGAAAUAAACAGUUUUACAUGUUCACGCAACCCGUUGAUACAGAAGAAGCACCAGAUUACAAUGAUAUCAUUUCACACCCGAUGGAUCUUGAAACAAUGAUGACUAAAAUUGAUCAGCAUCUUUAUAUGUGCGCCAGAGAUUUUCUCGAUGACGUCGACCUUAUUUGUGCAAAUGCUUUGGAAUACAACCCAGCUAGAAAUCCAGCUGAUAAAUUAAUAAGACAUCGUGCGUGUUCGCUUCGCGACAAUGCCUACGCAUUGAUCAAAGCUGAGAUGGAUUCAGAUUUUGAAGAUGCGUGCCAAGAAAUUUCUAAAAUUCGAAAAAUGCAAAAUGAUUCGGAGAGUUUUUCCAAAGAAUCGAAUGAAAAUUGUCCAUCUGCAGAUGCCAAAGCUGAUGAAUCUUCGCACAAUGGUGAAAAGCAUCGCGAGAGUGAUGUUGGUACUACGGCCGUAAAUGGUAGGACUUCGACCAGUUCACGCAAACGGCGCCUGAAGUCUUCAUGGGCCCGAGGUUUUGUCAAAAAAGUACAUAAGAAAAAGAAGAUCACUUUCGAAGACGGCAGUUCGGGUGUCGUUGACCAAGAAGAAACGGAACAGGGUACCACCCAUGAGUUCGAAACUGAAACCACCAUCGUGCUGAACGGGCAUAUAUCUGACAAUAGCGAAUCCGAUCAUGAUUCAAACAAUGAAAACGCACAGAAAUCCGAAACAAAUAUUCAAAAUGAUCAACCGGAUCAACCAAAUGAACAAGAAACAACAACAAAGUCCACGUCUGAGGUUGUUCCAAUUUCCACGAAUAUGGAAGUUGCCGAUGAAGAGGAAGAAUCGCAACAUGAAAAUGUAAAUGAAAAUUUGAAGGAAAAUUUGAAGGAAAAUUUGAAGGAAAAUUUGAAGGAAAAUGCUGAAAAUGUAAGCUAUUCCUUUGAUAGCGAUUAUGAUCAGUUGACGUUUAAUAUCGAAGAUUCAGAGAGUGUUCUCAUCGAUCGAGAUGAACUUGAAAAUGGCUAUGCCUACACAGUUAAAGCUACAGCUGAUUUUCCCAUUGACUUAUUAUGUGACGCUUAUGUUCAACUAAGACGACGAGUUGCACAGUACUCCAAAGUCCAUGAUAGAAAAAUGCUACCAAAGGAAUUAAUGGAAGAUGUCAAGUCUUUUGAAAAGUACCACACUCUUGAACAGUAGUGUUUUUUUACUUUAUUAUUUAAGGGUGAAUUCAUACUCGUAAAUUGCAUUUUUUCAUAUAAUAUUAAGUACGGAAAAUAAGAUGUAACACAAUCAUCACCAGAUUGAAAUGUGUUAGAAAAAAACUAUUUUAACCAUUUUCGAAAAAACUAAUUAUUGUUGCAAUCACAUAAUUUUCUGUGAAAAUUAUCAAUUGCGGCACAAGUCACGUAUGUGUAAAAGAACGAGGUGAAGGGGUUUUUAUAUUUCACAUACUAUUAAUGUUUAAAUGAACGAAGGUAAUGUUACGUUGCACGUAACUAUCCUAGUAUUGUAUUGGAUUAUUUUCAAUAUUCACUAGUUUGAUGGCAUUAACGAAAUGUUGAUAUGAACAAUUUUUUAAAUUGAAAUGAACUUGUGAUUAUUAAUAUCUGUAGAAUCAUUAGAGUUAAAAAUUCACAGAUUUCUUUAGAUUUCUUAGAUAUUUCAAAAAGUUACGAUUCAAGUUUGUUAUUUAAGAAUUAUAUUCAAUAUUUUAGGUUCUGGAGGAAUUGCAGUACUUAAUAAAAUAAUGAAUCUCCCACUUCUAUUCGAUUAAACAUUGAAGCGAAUAUGAAUUUUUUUAUGUGGCCGUCAAGUGUAUGUUCAAAUUGAUGGGUACAGAAUCUGGAGUCUUCAUUGCUGUUCCUUCAUUUCGUUCUUAGAUUUUGUAUACUGUUACUAUUAACAAUAAUUUUUUAGUUCUUAACCAUACGCUAUUUAAAAGUAAUCUAAUAUGUUGUACAUAUUUUUAUAUUAUUUCGAAUUCACAUGUUUUUUGUAGUGUUUGUGUUUUCAUUCGUUUUUUUUUACAUUUUUGAAAUAAAAUCAUACUUGAUGAUACAUCGGCAUAUCAUUGAUUAAUUUGAAUAAAAAUUAUUAUUUUUUUAUUUUCCAAAUAAUAGGGUAACAAAAAAAUAAAUCUAUAUGUAGCUAUAUUUGAAUCGAAAAAGAUUAAAUUUUUACUAUUGAUAAAAAAAAUGUACCACUUUUGCGAAGCAAAUAAGUUUUUCGUGCAUAGAGGAUUUGAGUGUCUAAGAAUUAUUCAGUAUGUACUAUUAUAUAGUGAAUAUAUUAAGACAAUACGUUUUUUUAUAUUGAUAUAUAGA